UUAUGCUGUGAUAUUUUAAGCUUUGGUGACUUUUCUUCUCAUAUGGAGUCCGUUCUAGAUAUUUCAUAAUUCAGUUCCAGAUCUUCAUGGACGAAACGAGGAUGCCACAAGUACACAAUAGAUCGUUGACGCUCAAUAUGGACUCUAGUGCUUUUAAUAAGAACUCUAGAUUUAUGUCAACAAUCAGAAUGACGCAGGGUGCUAAACGAAAAAUCCGGGCAUUCAACACAGUGGAGAAUCGGUUGAAAAAGUACCAAAUCAAUUUUUACAACCGCCACGCAGAAAUUCAAAGGUAUCAGAUGGAAAGAAAAAAGGAAAAAGUUCGCGAGGUUAUGAAAAAAAGAGAUGCUUACAAAAAGGUGAUUGCAAAUCAUCCUAUCGCUGAAAGUCCGGAUUACAAGAAGGCACUAGAAGACAGAUACGAUGCGCAUGCUCUGAGGCAUGAAAUAAAACAGAUGCUGAGCUAUAUUGAACCCGACAAAAUAAGGGAAAGAAAUGCUAGAACUCUCAUUGACGUGAAUAAAAAGAGAUAUGAUGAGAUUUUAAAUCGGAAUCGUAAAUCUAUCUUGGAGUUGUUCCCUCCACCGGUGGACAAGAAGGUGGAAUAUGAAUCGGACUUUGAAAGUGAUUCAGAGGAUGACGAACCACCGGAACAGGAAACAAGAAAUUUCCAGCAAGCCCGACCCAUGUUGCCUUUCCGUCGUCAAGGGGUGACACGGGCAUUUAUCAUGAAAUCAAGACAAGAUCAGAGACAGGAAAUAUCCACGAAAGAAAAUUCUAGUUCAAACCAGGAACAAGAUCUACCACCAGUGAUGUUUAAGAAAGAAUUGCCACGUGAUCUUCAAAUUCCCGUAGCUUCGUAGAUUUUAAUGUUUUAUCAUUCAUUUUCAAAAAUCAGUAAGACAUAUCACGUAAGCAGUAUAUUUUUGCAUUUAUUUUUCAGGAUGAGAGAAAAAUAUACACAGAGAGAUACGUUGUGAAUCCAUGCGUUGUGUUUAUCUUUCAUAAAUUCACUUUAAAGAUCUUGCCAUCGUCAGUACAUACUUUUAAAAAAUAAUUACGUCAUGCAUAGAUCUUGGUGCUUUCAUAAUUAAGAAACAUACAUCCUAAAAAAACAGCUCAGUGGAUCAACUCAUUUCAGCAGAAUAGUAUAUAAAGUUUCCAUGAAUAAUUAUGUAAAUGUAGAUUUGUGUGACAAGGUUGCUUUUUCAUCUACAA